AUGCCUUCCCUUGUCUCUCGUUCAGAAUAUGCAGCGUAUAAUGAGCAAUAUCAGCUUGUUAGCACGGAUGAACAGGCAGCAAAUUAUUUCCAUCCACAAGCAACUCCACCUUCGACGGCGGGACCACGAUACACAAGCUCGAAAUUUCUGAGUGUCAUUCUGCCUGUCCUUGCCAUUGUUUUGUCGUCUUUUAGUUGCGUUGUUUCAAUGUUUCCCUCACUUGGAGAUUGGAUAGAGCGUUCCGUUAUUCAGAGUAGCCCUCUGGAGCUUGUCACCAGCUACUGGGGAUUGAACCAGAGGCAAGAACGUAUUUUAUUAGAAGACAAUUCUCUUCAUCUGUGGACCGAGUUUGGGACAGUUUUUCCACUGCGCAGACGAAUUUUGGUGAACGAAUCAAUAUCAAUCAUCUGGGGCGCUCGAGCUCUUGAUUUUGGUAUGGAAGAAUGCAAGGUCACAGUUGAAGUCCCAGUAGACUAUAGCAACAAUUCGUUCCAACUAAAUCCAGACUCAAUCACCUUGGAUGUAUGGAGACUACAUGUCGAGAAACAGAGCGAUCUCUCUAGACUUAGAGGAAAGCCUCCACGAGCUGUACAUCUCGGACCACUCUCUAUCUCAGCAGGAAGCAGCAAUUCCACACAGACAUUCUUUUGUGCUUCAGGGGUAUUUUAUGCUUUCGAGGUCGAAUGCAUAACAAAUGGAUGCAUACUAGACUUCUGGCAAGACAGGAUCUCAAAAAAGCUGGAACCAUACUUUGUCAGUAUGAUUAGGAAAACGUGGAAGAUGUCAAUUAGUUAUCUUACAUUUGCAGUCUAA